CAAAGUGUUCAUUUAGCCUUCACAACGAGAUACCCAUGAAUCUUGAAACAUAAUUCUAUGGAUUCAAUCAGUGCACUUUGAUUGGUUACACAGAUCUUGUGUGCAGUUUUGAAAGAAACACAUGCUAUAUGAAAUCUCUCUCUCUGGCACUACGCAGCCAGUCAGCCUUGCACUUGUUUGGUUAGUUUGUCCCCUCCUCUCAGUUCCCUCCUGUCAUCAACCGAACAGGAUUUCAGCCAGACACUGCCUGAGUGAAAUGAGCAAGCAAUGCUACUCAAUACUUAACAAAUAAAUAAAGUGGCCUCCCCCAGAUUGCAAUCUUUAGUUUUCCUGCAGGUGGCGCUAACAUGGCAGCACUCGGACGAGACGCUGUCUUUGGAGAGCCAGAUAGGGCACGGAAGUGUGUGGUGUUGUUUCCGAUGCAGGGGUGACGCACAGAGUUUUUUUUAUUAAAUAUAGGCGCUGACGAUGCAGGUGCUCUGCUUGGUGAAGUGAGGAUUGGAAGAUGGAUUCUCUGCACGGUGAAGAGAAGGCUCGGGCGCUGGCGUCUGUCACCAGCAAAAAGGAGGACCUCGAAAUGCCGUUGGUGCGAGAGCAGUGCUCAGAACUGGACUGUCCUGCCCGCGUCGGAGAGGAAUGUUCAGAACUGGGCUGUACAGCCCGCGUCAAAGAGGAAUGUUCAGAACUGGACUGUGCAGCCCGCGUCAAAGAGGAAUGUUCAGAACUGGACUGUGCUGCCCGCGUCAAAGAGGAAUGUUCAGAACUGGACUGUCCUGCCCGCGUCAAAGAGGAAUGUUCAGAACUGGACUGUCCUGCCCGUGUCAAAGAGGAAUGUUCAGAACUGGAUUGUGCAGCCCGCGUCAAAGAGGAGGCUCCCGCAGAGGGGUGCGAGCACUGUGAAAACAAGGCCUGUGUCCUGCUGUCGCUCCCCCUGAAAACAGAAGACCUUAAAAUAGAGUGCGACUGCCUAGCAAGGCAUGGCUCGGAGCUGGGGCUCAUUAAAGAGGAGGCCCUUGAGCGUCCGUGUGACAGCAUUGCGGAGGACAGCGCUCAGCCGGGCAGCGGGAACACCGCGAAGAAAGACAGCGUCGUGCCUUCUGCUCCCAGUGUGGCAUGUAAGUAUAAAAGUCACUGGUCUGUCCCAUCACUGCGCCAUGUUUGCACAAGCAGAUCAGCCUCGUGUUUGUUUUUUUUUUGUUUUUUUGGUUUGCUGUGAAAUCUGCCGUCCGCUUUGGUUGGGAUUUGAAAUCCCAGUUUUCCUCAGCGUGCGCCUUCUAGUCCUCGCUUCAGAACGCAGUGAAAUGGCACCGCCUGCGUUUUAGAAAAUGUGUCCGUUUUCUUUCACUUCUUCUGAUGCGUUUUUAACUGUCCCCUUACUCUCUUCUGC